AUGCGUCUGAUCCUGCUGUCCAUCGUUGGCCUCUUGUGCCUGGCCUACGCCUUCGCCCUGAACGACAAUGGAGCCAAUCUGGAGGAUCUGCUGGGCGUGGCCCAUCACGGAGAAAACCAUGCCGAAGGAGGAGAGAGGAUUGCCCGCGGACAUGGCGGCGGAGGUUACGGCGGACAUUACGGUGGUCACGGAAACUACGGCGGUGGACACGGUCAUUAUGGAGGUGGUGGCGGACAUGGACAUCACGGUGGACACUAUGGUCGUUAG